UGUCUUCACUUCUAAUCAGCGCUCACAGCACUAGUGCCGUUUACUCCAACCCGUGGUCACACAGAAGAGCCCCUCUCUACCCUCCCCUCCUGCGGUACUUUGCCUUCGGUUUUGUAUGCGAGAAGAGUUCAGCACUCUCUUCCCUCUGUGUACACACGAACUAGCGCUAUCCACUAGGCCAGGAGCGGAAGCGAGAGAAAAACUCACUUUGCAAGAAAAGCUCGCUUACGCCGGGAUUCGAACCCCUGACCUGACCUCUAGAAUUUUUCGCGGAUACCAACUAGACCACCGGGGCAAUCGGUGGGUCUAGGCACUUAAGUCGAAUGUUUCUUCUGCGUGGGUAUCUCCACCCUGCGUGUUUCAAUAUGCCCGCUGCUCGGUGCAUCCUGAAUUAUGUGUUGACCGGGCUUGUCCAGAAGCUGGAGCGAGCGUGCCUUAUCCGUAGCGUUUGCUUGUGUUGUUCGCGUUUGACAUGCCCGCUUCUGCCGUUUCGGAAGGUGUGGGACGGGCUUCGAUGGGACAAACACCUGCCGGAGCACUGGGAUGACCCGGACGCCGCGGCCGUUGCGAAACAGGAGGCCAAGGCAACGCACUACCUAGGAGACACGUGCAAGCACAAGUCUCACUUGUUCCACAGCUUGACGCACUACAAGCUGUACCUGGUGAGCAAGGUGUCGGCAAAGAUCAGAGGCGACAGUGGGCUGGAGCCGGAGAACUUCCGCGGGGAGGGGGGCCCGCACACGAGCAAGAAGAAGAAGAAGCGCUGCCUCAACUUCUCCGAGAACGAGUUCGAGUCGCUCUCAGCGCUCCUGCGCAAGGCGGACGACCUGAACGGGGUCAAGUGGGGCGGCCGCGCGGGAGUGCGCGGUGGACACGGCAAGACCUUCCUCGAGAUGGGGGCGGCCUCCUCUAUUCUGGACUGGCUGUCGGGCGAGGCGCAGCAGGGGCAGUACGGCGAUCUCGACCUUGGUGAUUUGGAGGGACAGCGGGCGGGGCUGGGAGUAGGAGAGAGCGAAGACGAAGACGAGGAGGAGUUCCAUGUGGGGAGAGGGAGGCGUUGGCGCACGGUCGGCAGCAGCGGCGGGCGGUACGGGUGA